AAAAAAAAAUUGCUCCUUUUUCUAGUUGUCAUGUCAUUCAACCUAUAGCACGCGAACAUUCUUCAGUUUCCUCUCCAAAAUCUUUCUCUCUCGUUCUUUCAAUCUUUGUAGUAAGUCGCAUAAAAAUUCUCUGUUUUUAUCUGUUUGUUUGACUUUGUGAGCACACAAGAGGGAAUACCCAGAAACUGAAAUGACAAGAAUACCACUUGAAUUUGGUCUAGGGCCAAAGUGGUGGGAGCAGAUCAAUGAGUCUGUUGAAUGGCAAUAUGGAAUUUUUUACUCUCUCUGUUCUGCCUUUGCUCUUGUCUCCUCCGUUGCCCUUAUUCAAUUAAUAAGAAUACAGAUGAGAGUACCUGAAUAUGGUUGGACUACUCAAAAGGUUUUCCAUCUCAUGAACUUUGUUGUAAAUGGAGUUCGUGCGAUUGUCUUUGGAUUUCACAAACAAGUGUUUUUGUUCCAUCCCAAGGUGCUGACUUUGGUAUUAUUGGAUCUACCGGGCCUGCUUUUCUUCUCAGCGUAUACACUUCUUGUUCUAUUUUGGGCUGAGAUAUAUCACCAGGCUAGAAGUUUACCAACAGAUAAGCUGAGAACCUUCUAUAUUUCAGUAAAUGGUGCAAUAUACUUCGUACAGGCUUGUAUCUGGGCAUACCUCUGGAUGAACGACAAUAGCACUGUGGAAUUCAUUGGGAAGAUAUUUAUAGCAGUUGUAUCAUUUAUUGCUGCAUUAGGAUUUUUGCUGUAUGGCGGAAGGUUAUUUUCUAUGCUGAGACGCUUCCCCAUCGAAUCUAAAGGGAGAAGAAAGAAGCUUCAUGAGGUCGGAUCUGUAACUGCCAUUUGUUUCACUUGUUUCCUCAUUAGAUGCUUUGUGGUUGUGUUAUCAGCUUUUGAUGCUGAUGCGACACUAGAUGUCUUGGACCAUCCAGUUCUAAAUCUGAUGUACUACAUGCUCGUGGAAAUUCUUCCUUCAGCUCUUGUGCUUUACAUCCUGCGGAAACUGCCUCCAAAACGAGUAUCUGCUCAAUACCACCCUAUCCGUUAGCUGCAUCAGGCGUAUAUCUUCAGUCCUAUAAUUUCCUAAUGGUUGCAGCAAUCGAAGUUAGUGGAGUUGUGCUGGAGGCAUGGAGCUGGAGAAGAGGAUCAAGAAGUGUAAAUCAGUGGAAUAUCUCAAUUCUUUCGCCAGUUACACAGAGCUGCCGUCCUUACAGUUUUGUUACUUUGUGGUUUGAGGUUUUUGAAUAUGUGUAUAUUUGUGGAACACAGAUGAUUAAGAAAAUUAGUCUCAUCACUUCAUUGUGGUUGGUUUUGUCCUUGGUCUCAUCUCUAGUACUGUUUCACUGUUAGUGCAUUGCUGUGUGUCCUGUACUAUAGGAUCCCAUUGUAUUACUCAACCUAAUUGACUAGUGAUAGGUGAUAUGCCUUAAGUGACUUAUUUCACAUU